UACAGGGGGCGGUUCACCAGAAGAAGCUAUUGUUGUGGAGACAGGAAGUGAUGAGAAAGACGGCAUGACGGAUUCUCUUUCAUCUUUGUGUUUAAAGCAAGUCUUCCCUAAAUACACCAAGCAGUUUCAGUACUUGCGGGCCGUGGAACGCAUCGCUGCCCUUUUCCUGCGCUUCCUUGGUGUCAAAGGAACCAUGAGACUGGGUCCGACCAGCUUUCGCACCUUCAUCAGGAACUGCAAGCUGAGUAACAGCAGCUUCUCGAUGGCUUCAGCGGACAUCCUGUACAUCGACAUCACCCGUCGCUGGGCUGCAAUGCUCCCCGACUCCAGAGAGGCAGGCAAGCGGCCCACCAAUCAUGAUGCAAUUUACAGCACAUCUUCACUCCCGAGGCCAACACACAAUCAAAAAGCUGUUAAACAGCCUCCCCGAUAAAAGACACAUUUGCAACUAUUCAUCAUAGCGCAUUUCCCCUCGCAUGCAGUCAUAAAUGAGAUCGUCAGGGGAGAUAAUUGACAAAUUAAUUCACUUCUUCUUUCAUU